AUGUUACCGGGGAAUAGAAUCAGAAAUCAGUCAAGUGGACAUGCAAAUAGGAAGAGAAAGGAGAGACAAGACGAACUGAUAAAAUCUCAAGCCAAUGAUAUGCUAAAGUAUGUUACAAGAACCAAAACUGCAAAAAGUGAUGAAGCUGUUGGAGAUGAGAUUAACAACGAAGAUGAGGAGCUUAUAAUUGAAGAAGAUACAUCUGAGAAAAGUGAAGAAGAAAUUGUUGGAGAUGAUGCAAAUUGUACGGAUACGGAUAAAGAAAAAGCUGAGAACGAAGACAUGGAAGACCAAGAGGAAGUUGAUGGUAUUAGGAGUGUUCAUGAGAAUGUUGAUAUGGAUGACCUUGCAAACUGGAAGAAAAUUGACCCAAGAAUGAGAGAUCGUUUGGUGGAAAAGGGUCCACCCACAAGACCUUCAAUUGAUCAUCCUUUUCCAAGAGAUAGUUUCGAUAGAUGUUUCACGUACUCGUCUUAUACAAGAAAAAUGAGCAAUGGAGAGAAACAAGAUAGAAGAUGGUUAGUUUACUCAAAAGGUAAAGAUAAGGUCUUUUGUUUUUGCUGUAAAUUAUUCAGUCAAGAAACAUGUCCUCCUAUUCUGGUGACUACGGGUUAUGAUGACUGGAGAAAUGCUUCACAUAGGCUAAAGUCUCAUGAAACGACUUACAAUCAUAUUGUUUGCAUGAGUAGCUGGAUUGAGCUAGAAACGAGGCUGAAAAAGAGUGAAACUAUUGAUAAGCAUUUGCAAGAGGCAAUUAACAAGGAGAAAAAACAUUGGAGAGAUGUGAUGUUGAGGAUAAUUGCAGUGGUAAAGACUCUAGCAGAAAGGAAUUUAGCAUUUCGUGGAGAAAACGAGAAGGUUACUGAUCUAAACAGUGGAAAUUUUUUGGCGUUUAUCAAGAUGAUUGGAGGCUUUGAUGAAGUAAUGAAGGAACACAUUCGACGGAUUGAAAAGGGUGAAACUCAAUACCAUUAUCUUAGUCAUAAAAUUCAGAAUGAGUUGAUAGAAUUACUUGCUAGUGAGAUUAAGAAGGUAAUCUUAAAGAAGAUUCAAGAUGCGAAAUAUUUUUCAAUCAUUUUGGAUUCUACUCCUGAUGUUAGUCGUAAAGAGCAGAUGACGUUUUUAAUUCGGUGUGUAGAUGUUUCUACGGAUUCACCCACGGUUAAAGAGUUCUUUUUGUCAUUCUUGGAAAUCAAAGACAAAACAGGAGAGGGAAUUUUUACCACUCUUCAAGAUGCAUUGACUGAUCUUAAAUUGAGUAUUGGUGAUAUAAGAGGACAAGGCUAUGACAAUGGGUCAAAUAUGAAAGGAAAACAUAAAGGAGUUCAGAAAAGAUUGCUUGAUAUUAACCCAAGGGCAUUCUAUACUCCAUGUGGAUGUCAUAGUCUCAAUCUUGCUCUUUGUGACAUGGCUUCUUCCUCCGAUAAAGCUGUUGAAUUCUUUGGCAUUGUGCAGCGUAUAUAUUGCUUAUUUGCAUCAUCAACCAACAACUGGGAAGUUUACAAAGAGAUAGUGGAUGGUACUACGCUUAAAUCAUUGUCACAAACUCGGUGGGAGAGUCGAAUUAAUAGUGUUAAACCGAUAAGGUUUCAAACUCUAAAGAUACGAGAGGCUUUGUUUUUCUUAGCAGAUAACAAUGAUAAUAUUGGACAGCGUAGUGAGGCUGAGUCUCUUGCAGUAAGUGAAACACAUGGACUUGGAGGAUUUGAGUUUCUCUUUGGAAUGGUAAUUUGGUAUGAUCUUCUUUAUGCUGUCAAUACGGUGAGCAAAACCUUACAGUCAGAAGAUAUGGAUAUUGAGGUUGCUAUUUUUCAGUUAGGAGGACUUGUUGAUUAUUUGAAAAGCUACAGAGAAACAGGUUUUGAGAAAGCAAAAGUUGAAGCUAUGAAAAUUGCCAUUGAUAUGGAUAUUGAACCAGCGUUUUCUUCGAAACCAAAACGCUUGAUAAAAAAGAAAAAGCAAUUUGGUGAAGAUGCUGAAAGAGUUGAUGAAAGUAACAUGUUAAGUGUGGAGGAGACUUUUAGGAUCGACUAUUUUAUCAACAUUAUGGAUCAGGCUAUAGUGUCUCUUGGGGUUAGAUUCGAGCAAUUUCAGCAUUAUGAAGAAAUUUUUGGAUUUUUAUUUGGCUUGAAAAAACUUAAGUCAGCAAAGGAUGAUGAGUUGAUGACAUCUUGUGUCAAGCUUGAAGCUUCUUUAGAGCAUAAUGGGCAUUCAGAUGUAGACGGAAAACAGCUUUUUAUGGAACUUCGAUAUCUAAGGGAAAUACUGCCAAAGGAAAUUACAAAAGCUGUUGAGAUGCUAGAAUUUCUUAAAAGAAUGGACGGGUGUUAUCCAAGCACAGAGAUUGCUUAUCGUAUACUACUAACCAUUCCAAUUUCAGUUGCUUCCGCAGAAAGAAGUUUUUCAAAGUUGAAGCUCAUAAAAAAUUAUCUACGUUCGACUAUGUCUCAAGAGAGGUUAAAUGGAUUGUCGAUGAUAGCAAUAGAACACGAACUAGCCGAAGCCCUUGACCAUUCGAAGUUGAUAAAUGAUUUUGCAGGAAAAAAAGCAAGGAGAACUAUCUUUCAUGAUUAA